GCCGUAAGCCACCUCCCCCCUCUCUUCCCCAUUUUUGCUCUUCCUCGUGAGCUACAUAAGUAGUGCCAAGCCUCCCAGUUCUAAUUUCACUCUCGUCCCUCUCUUACUUCAAUCACCUUCUCCGUCGCUCUGACCAGUUUUUUCUCUAAUCGUAAUCUCCGGCUCCGUCGUCAUGGGCCGUCGUCCGGCAAGAUGCUACAGGCAGAUUAAGAACAAGCCUUAUCCCAAAUCCCGCUUCUGCAGGGGUGUGCCUGACCCUAAGAUCCGUAUCUAUGAUGUGGGCAUGAAGAAGAAGGGAGUCGAUGAAUUUCCUUACUGUGUGCACUUGGUGUCUUGGGAGAAGGAGAACGUCUCCAGCGAGGCCCUCGAGGCCGCUCGUAUUGCUUGCAACAAGUAUAUGACCAAGUACGCAGGAAAGGAUGCUUUCCACCUGCGUGUGCGUGUGCACCCCUUCCAUGUCCUCCGUAUCAACAAGAUGCUUUCGUGUGCUGGAGCGGAUAGGCUUCAGACAGGAAUGAGGGGAGCUUUUGGAAAGCCACAGGGUGUGUGUGCUCGUGUUGCUAUUGGACAGGUGUUGCUGUCUGUUCGUUGCAAGGACCAAAAUGGUGUUCACGCUCAGGAAGCACUCCGCCGUGCCAAGUUCAAAUUCCCUGGUCGUCAAAAGAUCAUCGUCAGCAGGAAGUGGGGAUUCACCAAGUUCGCCAGAGUGGACUACGUCAAGUGGAAGGAAGAAAACCGUUUGGUGAAUGAUGGUGUCACUGCCAAGCUUCUCGGAUGCCACGGACCUCUUGCCCAGCGCUCUGCGGGACGAGCCUUUAUUGAUGCCGCUGUUGCCACACACUAGACUGGUCCAGUUAGGUCUUGUACUAGUUCAUGGCUCUCUGUAUUCAUCCUUUACAAUCAAUGAACGGAAUUUUGGAACACAAGUGUGAUGGGGCCAAAGCUCUUCUGAAGUUUCAAGCACCUUUGUUCAUCUUUCUGCACUGGCGUCAGCCUGGAUUCUGACAUUUCACAACUGCGCUUGGGCUGGUUUCGUAACACUUCUUAAUUGGCGGUACGACAUUAAGGUCGUUAGUCUAUGAUACGUAUUCUAUACACAUUUACAGCUGGACGGCAUAUAGCUCAACUCAGAAGCUUUCUUGAACUCUUGGCCAGAGGAUAUGCCUGUUUUGAUAUUUCAAUAUCUCUCACCUUAGAGACCAUUUACGAAUUGGCUUAACCGGACAGGAGAAUCUUGUGACAUGUGGGAGCUUUCCUUGAUAUUUUUGUAAUGCUGCUGAAUGUGCUCUGAAGUAUUCGUUCCAUUUUGGGUA